UUUGUCGCCGAAUAUUUGGCCCAGAAGUCUGUUCACACCGAAAAGAAUUGGAAUUAAUUUCUCAUCUCCUUUAAACUUAGGAGAGACAGGGAGGAUUGCAGGUAUGGUACAGUAUCUCAUCACCCUCAACCCAUGAAUGUGUGACCAUGUUGUGUGGUCUUGCCCCAAAAACAACGCCCCAACCUUUUCUGAACAUUUCCGAAUGUUGCAAUGUAUGGAUUUGAGAAAUCGAUCGAACCAAAGUUAUGCCAUGGUUACAGUAAGUUUAUGAGAAUACCUUGCAUGUAAGUAGCCACGUGAAGCAGAAAUUCUCGGAAUUUGCAGAUAUUGGUUCCCAGUUUCUCGCCGGCGUUGUUGGGGAAUAUAUUAUUUUUUCCAAUAUGGCAACUCGUCAAUGAAAAUAAAUAAAAUAGUUCUCUGCAAAUCCGGCUAAAAACACAGUGAAUAUUGUGUUUGCAAAGACAUAGAUCUUUGCAUCGUUUUUCUGUGCGGUUUUAUGGCGUCAAAUCAAGAGGAUUCUAGCUCACCAGAAAGCUUGAAAAAUGAUUUAAAGAAGCUGAGUUUUGAUGGUGGUCUUCGUCUAAAGAAAGAACCAGUGAAAACCAAACCAGCUCAACCAGCUGCGCAUUCUGUGAAAAUACAAAGAAUAAAAGAUCACAAGGCUGCUGGGAAAUUAAGAUUUGGACCUAAUGAGGAAACCUACGAGUAUACAUCUGAAGAUCUGGUUGACCUGGGUGAGAUUGGAAGAGGAAAUUUUGGUUCUGUAAGCAAGAUGCUUCAUCGACAAAGUCAGACAAAAAUGGCAGUCAAGCGAAUACAUUCAACUGUGGAUGAAAAAGAACAGAAACAACUUUUGAUGGAUUUGGAAGUCGUGAUGAACAGCAGUGAAUGUCCUUAUAUUGUAAAGUUUUAUGGGGCAUUGUUUACUGAGGGUGAUGCUUGGAUCUGUAUGGAAUUAAUGGAGACAUCGCUGGAUAUAUUAUAUAAAUUAGUUUAUGGAAAAUUAGGACAAGCGAUUCCAGAAGAUAUCCUUGGAGUGAUUGCAUUAGCAGUGGUCAAAGCUCUGGAUUAUUUAAAGUCAAACUUGAAAAUAAUACAUAGAGAUGUGAAACCAUCAAAUAUUUUGCUCGACCUCAGUGGCAAUAUCAAACUGUGUGAUUUCGGGAUAAGUGGUCAUUUGGUGGACUCCAUUGCCAAAACCAGAGAUGCCGGAUGUAAACCUUACAUGGCUCCUGAAAGAAUUGACCCAGAUUCGUUGAAAAAUGGAUAUGAUGUCAGAUCAGAUGUUUGGAGUUUUGGCUUGACAAUGAUUGAGCUAGCCACUGGAAAAUUUCCCUAUCCAAAAUGGACAUCAGUCUUUGAUCAGCUUACCGCUGUUGUUAUGGGUGAUCCACCACAAUUAUCUAAUGACAAUCCUUCAAAGAGACUGUUUAGCCCAGAAUUUAUUGAUUUUGUUAAUACAUGUGUAACUAAAGAUGUCUCCAAGAGGCCAAAGUACAGAAGAUUAUUGGAAUUUCCAUUCCUUCAGAGAUAUGAACAAGACAAGGUUCAGGUGGAUGUAGGUAGCUGGGUUAAACAGAUUUUGAAUGACAGACCACCAGAAAUAUAUGAAAGUCAUUUUUAAAAGUCUGCGUAAUUAUAAAUGGAAUCAAUGGCAAAAUGAAAAAUAUUUAUAACAUAAUUUCCCUGUCAAAUAUUUACUAGAUCUUAUUUGUAAAUUUAGUUCUAAUUGUGUGUAUAUAUGUUAUAUUUAAGUUGUACAGCAAAAUAUCAACAAUUGUCUGACAUAAAUGAUAUUUUUGCUGGUAAUGGUUGAUUGCCUCUUUUCUCUAUCAAAAGUAGAUGGUAGUUUAGAGAAAUACAAGGAGUCCCUUGAGCUGCAUUCCACUCUAAUGCAUUCUCUUUAGUAUUUACUCCAUCUGAUUCCAGACCAGAUAGUUUUACU